GUAUUGACCAUGUCUCCUCCCACUCGCAACAAACAUAUACAUAGCUGUCUUGCAAAUCAGCGACGUUGGCUGAUAAUGCAACAAACCCAUUUCAUGCAAAUAGGAUAAUAGUGUGUUUCUCAAGCGCCCGUCUAUCUACCGGAGGUACUAAGUGCCCGUGCCUUACUCCCUCUCUCUGCAGGAACCGGUUUGACCUUGAAAUUUUGUUAACGAAUGAGAGCAUUUUUUUGGCCCUACCGAUUCAUAGUGGAAUAUUCUGUUGUGUCCCCUAGCGGAGGAGAGACGGACUUACAAUGUCAAAUGAAAGAAAAAAAAGGGAUGAACGCCAUGUCUGAAUCCUGCUGUUGAGAAGUGGAAAAACGGGUGUGUGUCCGAGAGCGUCGAAGAUUCGGCUCGCGGGUCCUGUUCGGGCUGGCUCUCCGGGAUGUCGGAAAGCGCAGGGGUCCCGCAGGGUUCCCCGGCAGUCGGAGCCUCGGGUUCGGCCCCGGCAGCGCCUGGAGCCGGGGGAACGGAGUGUUCGGGCUCGGCGGUCGGAUCUGCACGUAUCGCCGUCAAGAAGGCGCAGCUCCGCUCCUCUCCGCGACCGAAGAAACUAGAGAAACUAGGAGUGUAUUCUUCCUGCAAGGCUGAGGGAGCAUGCAAAUGUAAUGGGUGGAAGAGCCAGAACCCUCCCCCCACUCCCCCCCCACCCACGCCUCCGCGGGCCGAGCAGCCUGUGGCCGUCAACCUGUUGGAGCCCUGUCGCAGCUGUAGCCACUCCCUCAGUGAUCAUGUGACUCAUCUGGAGCAUGUCUCGGAGGAGGAGGUGAAUAGGCUGCUGGGAAUGGCGUUAGAUGUGGAGUAUCUCUACAACUGCGUGCACAAGGAGGAGGACCCAGACACCAAGCAGGUCUACUUCUCCCUCUUCAAGCUCCUGAAGAAAUCUAUUCUGCAGAUGGGAAUCCCAGCAGUAGAAGCUGUAGAGAGUCCUCCAUUUGAGAAGCCCAGCAUCGAACAGGGAGUGAACAACUUUGUGCAGUAUAAGUUCAGUCACCUCCCCUCCAGGGAGCGCCAGACCAUCGUGGAGUUGGCCAAGAUGUUCCUGAACCAGAUCAACUACUGGCAGCUGGAGACCCCCUCCCAGAGGAGACAGCGGGCGCCCGCUGAUGAUGCGGCCAGCUACAAGGUCAACUACACCAGGUGGCUGUGCUACUGUAACGUCCCCCAGUUCUGUGACAGCCUGCCGCGCUACGAGUCGACUCAGGGGUUCGGACGCACGCUGCUGCGCUCCGUCUUCCCCGUCAUGAGGAAGCAGCUCCUGCAGCAGGCGCGCCACGAGAAGGACAAACUGCCCCCCGAGAAACGCACACUCAUCCUCACACACUUCCCCAAAUUUCUGUCUAUGCUUGAAGAGGAGGUGUAUAGUAAUAGUUCUCCCAUCUGGAGUGAAGAGUUCCUCGUUGGUUCCUCUGGUGACCAAGUACCCAUUCAUACAGUUCUAAGUGCCACUACGGUAGCCAGGCCACCCUACUCCAGCAGCAGCCCCAGUCCAGUGGAGUCCGUGGGGAUGGGGGGAGGUAGCCCCGCCUGCAAGCUGGCCUCAGUGCUCGAGAGGAGCCCAGCAGGUGCUGAGAAGCGCAGGCUGGCAGAAGUGCUCCUCUCCCAGGAGGACUGUAAGCGCGCUCGAGUGAUCGGAGACAUUCCCAUGGAGCUCAUCAACGACGUCAUGGCAACCAUCACUGACCCCUCAGCCAUGCUGGGACCAGAGCAGACGUCCCUGCUGUCGGCUCAUUCUGCGCGUGACGAGGCGGCCCGCAUGGAGGAGCGCAGGGGGGUGAUUGAGUUCCACGUGAUCGGGAACUCCCUGACCCAGAAGCCCAACAAGAAGGUCCUCAUGUGGCUGGUGGGCCUGCAGAACGUCUUCUCCCACCAGCUGCCACGCAUGCCCAAGGAGUACAUCACACGCCUCGUCUUCGACCCGAAGCACAAGACGUUGUCUCUCAUCAAAGAUGGUCGUGUGAUUGGUGGGAUCUGCUUCCGGAUGUUUCCGUCGCAGGGCUUCACUGAGAUUGUCUUCUGCGCCGUCACCUCCAACGAGCAGGUCAAGGGCUAUGGGACUCACCUGAUGAACCAUCUGAAGGAGUAUCACAUUAAGCACAAUAUCCUCAACUUCCUCACCUACGCAGACGAGUACGCCAUUGGGUACUUCAAGAAGCAGGGCUUCUCCAAGGACAUCAAGGUGUCCAAGGCCAAGUACAUGGGCUACAUCAAAGACUAUGAGGGCGCCACCCUCAUGGGCUGUGCCCUCAACCCCAACAUCCCCUACACGGAGUUCUCUGUCAUUAUCAAGAAGCAGAAAGAGAUUAUUAAGAAGAUGAUUGAGCGGAAACAGGCUCAGAUCCGUAAAGUGUAUCCAGGCCUGUCCUGUUUUAAGGAGGGAGUUAGGCAGAUUCCCAUUGAGAGUAUUCCCGGUAUCCGGGAGACUGGCUGGAAACCUUUAGGUAAAGGGAAGGAGCUGAAGGAUCCAGAGCAGCUGUACAGCACCUUAAAGAACGUACUACAGCAGGCCAAGACUCACCAGAGUGCUUGGCCUUUCAUGGAGCCGGUGAAGAAGAGUGAGGCCCCAGGGUAUUACCAGGUCAUCCGCUUCCCUAUGGACCUGAAGACGAUGAGUGAGCGCCUGAAGAGCCGGUACUACACCACACGGAAGCUCUUCAUGGCCGACAUGCAGCGGAUCUUUACCAACUGUCGCGAGUACAACCCUCCCGAGAGCGAGUACUACAAGUGCGCCAGCCUCCUGGAGAAGUUCUUCUACACCAAGAUCAAAGAGGCGGGGCUCAUCGACAAGUAGGGGAGGGGCUUAUAGAGGCCGGAGGCCACACCCACACGGCCUCUUUCCUGUGUGGCUUCACAGACAGACUCUCGCUGUUCUUUUGUCAGACUGUUUGUUUGUUUGUUUUGUUUUGUUUGUUUGUGUAUGUUUUGUACACUCUUAUACCAGUUUGCGGUCUGCAGCGCCUGUUUUAUUCAUACAGGUAGAUCUCCCAGCUGUUUAUUCUGUGCAACAUGUGUUCUGCCUGGUCAGCCCCUUAAAGGCAGAGUCUGUGACUGUCUGGAGCACUUGUUGGCUUAAAGGCAGAGUCUGUGACUAUCCGGAGAAUUUGUUGGCUUAAAGGGGACCUCUUAUGCUCAUUUUCAAUGUUCAUCAUUUUAUUUUUGGGGUCUACUAGAAUAGAUUUUCAUGCUUCAAUGAUCCAAAAACACCUUAUUUUUCUCAUACUGAACAUCUCUAUUCACCCUCUGUCUAAACCGCUCCUCUUAGAGCUCCUCCUGUGCCCCCUCUCUCUCUCCUCUC